AGAGAGAGAGAGAGAGAGAGAGAGAGAGAGAGAGAGAGAGAGAGAGAGAGAGAGAGAGAGAGAGAAAGCGAGAGAGAGAAAGCGAGACAGAAAAAGGGGAGGAAAGAAUGAGACGCAUACUCACACCUGAGAAAGAUACACUUGAAAAAAAAAGUAAAUCACAGAUAUAACACAUGGAGUGCUAACGGGUCUAAGUCACAAGAACAACGGAUGGACAACAAAGGAUGCGCCAAGUUUGCGCUGGCUCUCACGACAAAAAAGCGUAGGAUUAUUAUACAGACGUGAAGAAGACCCUCUAGUGCUAUAUAGAUAUACAACGCGAGGUACAAAAAGCACGCACGUUGUUCUGGCUUUCCUGCUAAUUACUACGUGCAUGCCGAGUUUUGUAGUCUCAAAAAUUGAUUUGACAUCAGAGGUAUAUCGUCGAGAGAAUUUCACUAUUACUGCAACCUAUGCCGAUCGGGAAGCGCUUUUCGCUCCGCCGAUUACAACACAACUACGGAGCUUUCCGGUAACAACUGGUGCUGUUUCUGUCAAAUUCUGGAUGGGAUAUAUUCUAUGAGCAUCGCUCGAAGAUGGAACGAAGGAACGAGAGAAUGAAUUAUAAAAUUACUGAGUUGAUAGCGCCGCAAAUGUACGAGUGCCAGGCCUAAAGAAACGUGAUAACGCGAUGAAUUGGGAAAAGGAAGCCGAAAUGGCAACAAGAGCGGAACGACAGCGAAAACGGACAUGUUCAAAAAAAAGACAGGACAGAGGGAUAUAUACGUGCGUUAGAGAAUUACGGAAUCACGUGCGUCCUUAUGUAUAUCGUAUGCGAUUUAUUACAUUCACGCGACUUCUUACAAUAGUUCUUACAUUAGUGGCGUUAUUGUCGUAAAUAUCUUUGCGUUACUAAAAACUUCGUAAUAGGCUUUCAUUGAUUGUCGAUUAAUGUGUGCAAAAUAAGAGUAUGCUAAGAUCGAAACAUAUGUCCUCCACUGAGAAGAACUUUAGCUGGAAGACGAGAGACGAAAGGCUCAUUGAAAAACGGGAAGAUUUAGAGACCGACGCGAAAGAGCAAGCAAAAAUGUGCUCAAUGUAACGAAAAAACCAUUUUAAAAAAUUCUUAAGGAUUUUUCGCGUGAUGUUGAAAUACUUCGUACGAAAAUUAAUUAUUGUAACGAAGGACCUGAUGUAAUAGGUAUUGAAUACGGUCUAUAGUCAAGAUUAAGUAACACUAAAAUAAAAGGCAGAGAGGGAGAGAAAAAAAGGUAUGAUAAACAAUUAAAUGAAAUAAAAAGUAAUAAAAUGUAAUUAAAUAUAAAACCGCAUUCUCGCAGUAUUUAUUAUUAUUAAUAAAUGAUACGUUUGGUUUUAAAUCUUAAUCCGCAUAGCUAUCAGGAAAAAAAAACGGUGAAAAACGUAUCGUGUAGUUUCAGUAGUUACAAUUUUUAGCAUGAGAUUAAUGUCACACUGAACACGCGGCACACACACGGGGAGGCGAAAAACGGAAAAGAAAUGCUGAUUGAUUCUAAUGGAGAACCGGGUGAUUCAUUUCAUCGAGAUCUACCAGCAGGAGGAAGAAAGAGAAUACACAGUGGAGAUAUGUGGACAGUAUAUAUAAAAUAAGUAUCAACUGAAUCACACACUAUAUACCGAUUGAUGAGGGUGGAUUAAUAAGCGAUAUGUUAUUCAAUCGCAUAUGUGGGUAGCAAAGCGAUGAGAGGUUGCGGCUUGUUCGUCAGCGAACCGAGAAAGGAGGAAAAGAAAAUCUGCCACACAUACUUUCUUCGAGAAAAUAAAUAAAUAAUGAAACGUUAUUGAUUAAUGCGCGCGCGUAAAGGAAUGAUGAGAGAGAGAGAGAGAGAGAGAGAGAGAGAGAGAGAGAGAGAAAGAGAGAGGGAUGGGAGAAGAAAAAGAAAAGAUGAUAAUGUUCAAUAAAGCGGGAUAAUGAAACGGCGAAUGCCGAAUACCAUGGAUACUUUGUAUUAACGAUGCAUUAUGCAGGAUGUAGUAGAAGGAAGAGAUAGGCCGCGCGCGGAACAGAAGUGAAAAAAAGAAAUGUUCUUACUUAGAUAAAAGCUAAAUGAAUCCUUCUCUUAGUUUUUCAUAGAUUUAAAAUGCCAGAGCGGGACAGCUCGCUAUAAAUCAUUGAUCCCCCUCCCGCCCUCAACAAUGCGGAACGCCCUGUGUAACAGCGAAUUCGCGAUCUCUGUCAGCCAGCUGGCAAGUGCGCUGUUCUUGUUUUACGUGUGGUAUGCGUGCGCGUGUAUGUGCGUUGUGCAUGUAGUGUCGAAACAGCACAACCGUGACUUAAAAUGCCUGCCACGCGAUUUUUUUUUCGGGCCGGGACAAUCCGAGACUUGUCAUCGAUGCGAUCUUGCAAUCGAAUACAAAUAUGUCCUUCCUCCUCGUUUCCCUCGGGAAUUUUUCUCAGUCGUUGCUCGCGUUUGUUUCGAACGUGAUCGCGUUGCUUGUUGUUGAGAUCUGCAGAUUGAGAUGAGAUUAAAUUAAACGUUUUCGUUAAUGGUCCCAGUGAACCAAUUGUACUUGAAAAAAUUGUACAUCUUGAGUAACAAAGUAAUCAACAAGUAGUACAUUUUGGCAGAAAUUGACGAUCAAACAAAUUCAAGGCACUAUUUUUAGCUACUCGUUUAUUAUUAAAAGAAUUGCGGAACGUGAUUAAGAUCCUUGUAGCGAUCGGAUAAUUAUUCUAUAUUUUCUUUGUAAAUUGAUACGAUUUUUUUUGUUUGUGUCAUGAUAUAGCAUGCUUGAGAUAUUUAAAUAUCGCUAUUACGCCAUUUCAACAAUAUAUUAAAAUAACUGUGAGUUCUCAAGUUGAUAUAAUGACGUUUCUGAGUUGAAUAAAAUGUUGGCGUACGCGACUGCAAUCGCGACCGUGUACGAGUUAAUGAGUGAAGAUACGACAACGUUCGCUCGGCGGUCCAGGCCCUAAAACUACCCUAAGUGUUCAAUAAAUCGAGGUGUUCUCGAGGUAUCCUAUUUGUGCAUAAACGCGAGACGUUUCUUCCUUCGCCGGUUCCUUCCAUUCGGUGUCUUUGCUUCGAGUCUCGCCACGAAUAGACACACGAAUGCGAAAGAAAAAGACGCGCGUUCCCUCGUUGACCUCUCACGACUUUUCUCUGUUAUGCGCGCGAGAGGUUGCAUGAACGGUGUCCCUCGGAUGAAACAUUCAAAGUGCAUAUAUGCAGGGGAAUGACAAGUCGAGUCAUGAGUAGAAGAAGGAGAGGCAUCGGAUAGACCCGCGAGUCCGUAUGUUGGUAAUUAGAAUUGUCGACGUUUUAAAACUAUCUACCUGUCAUCCAGAUUUGCAAUCAACGAUAUGCCUUAUAUGAAAUUUAUUGAUUCGGAUGUUGUUUGUCAGCGGCAUUUCCAGAUCGAUUGACGCCAAUCCCGAUUAAUUAUUAAUUAUUAAUUCUCCUCUUUUGUCUGUUUUAUAUAUGAAACUAUUGUAAUUUAGAACAAAAUGAAUGUAGCGAAUAACCGAAUUGGAAUUCGGAAUCGGAUUAGAACUUUAUUUUAUCUCUCUGUUGUAAAUCGAUCGCUUCUGUCACAACGAAAAUGCGAUUUAAGACGUUUUAUGUACGAUUGUUAUUUUUGAUGAAUCGUUUUUUCAGAAUAAAUGCGCGUGAUGAGAAAAUAUGGGAAUAGAGAGAGAGAGAGAGAAAGAAAGAGAGAGAGAGAGAGAGAGAGAGAGAGAGAGAGAGAGAGAGAGAGAGAGAGAGAGAGAGAGAGAGAGAGAGAGAGAGAGAGAGAGAGAGAGAGAGAGAGAGAGAGAGGAGUUAGAGGUGAGAAAGGACAAAAGAGAGGAGCAUACCUAUGUGUAUGAAAUGUGAAUAAAGGAAAGGAUGUGUAUGAUGGAUACUUUUGAAGCUACGGAAAGAUACGUAACGUUGUUGACAGGGUGUUCCGUGUCCGGGAGGGGAGGGGUGUAGCAGCGGAAAAAAGCUUUGCCAUCGUGCGCAGCCUCUUUACUUUAGGCUAAUAUAAUUUAAUUAUUAUUAAUAAUAUAAUAGUAAUAAUAAAUAAAUAAUGAUUAAUAAUAAUAAUAAUAAUAAUAAUAAUAAUAAUAAUAAUAAUAAUACAUGUUAUAAUAAGAUAUUAGAUGUAAUUAUUAUAUAUGGUUUAGUCUAGAUCGUGUUGUUGAAGAAAAAAAAAACACAAAGUACAUAUAAGCGAACAAAAAAAGAGAUUAAGGACAAAGUAGAAAAGAGAUGUGUCGAUGGAGAGAAUGAAGAGCAGGAAGAGAGAAGAAAAACAGAUUGAAAGCAGAUAUACACCAGCCAGGAAGUUUGGUCUAAGACCACAUGAUCUUUUUGCGGUGGACUGAGCGGGACGACGCCGCGCUUACAUUGUGGCUUACAUGCUUAUCCAUGCGUAUCAAGCGCGAUGCUUCAAGCGCAUUAAGCUUAUUCAUGAAGUACAAGAUAAUGUUAAUGCUUUCAUAUAUUUGCGUGCGCGAUUUAGAGGGAGGUACCGACAAGAAUUCUCGUUAGAUUCAUUAUCGCAUAUUUCGUUUCUCUGUUAUUUUCCGCAUGUUUUUUUGGGGGGGGGGGACGGUGAUGCUCCCUACGCAGCUCUCUGUUUCUUGAGAAUGAGAGCAGGAGUGCCGUGAUUCUCUUCGUUCUUCGUCAUCGAACACAUACACACCCGAUUAACGAGAAACGCGUUUGUUUGUUUUUCUUAUGAUUUAACUAACAGAAAAAAACUUCGUGUUUAUUAGGAAAAUCCCCGGUGGAUUUUGACACUGCGCUCCUGCACAGCCCGCCGCAUACCGCGUCGAAAUCAUUAACGAUUUAAAAAGUCUUAAAAAAAAGAAAAAGGAAGAAAGGAAGACGGAGAUGACGUUUUAUUAAUGCUGUACAUAUUUUAAAUAAUUGAGAAUGAAUAAAUAGAUCGCGCGUGCAAACUUCAACGGUGAUCUCGCUCGAAAGGCGGUCUCGUUCUCAAAGAAGGGAACGCUUUUUUAUCAUAGAUCUACCGUAUUCUUUUCUGUUUUUCUUUUUGCGUUUUUUUAACGCAUCGCAUCAUGUCGUGACAUACCACACGUCCACACACUAUACAUCGCGUAUAGAGGAACAUUGGUUAUAGAGAAAUGCUCGAAAAUUACAUUACUAUUACAUCUACAGCAACUAUCUAUCUUCUAAUUGACGGUUCUCUUUUUCACAAUGAAUUAUUAUUCAAUAAGUUUUGUUUUACACACACACACACACACACACACACACACACACACACACACACACACACAUACAUACAUACACACGCAUGCACAAAUUACAUAACAAAUACAACCCAAGUGUCAUUACUUUUGAUGUUAAAUAAAAAAUACAUAAUUAAUAGAGCGGUCUCCCAUUUUCCUUAUCUUUCCUCUGCAAUAGAUAACCGUUGAAUAAUUAACAAUGCCGCACUAUUUUUGCAAUUGUUGUAGGAACAAUCACGCAAUGAGCUCGCAAUUAUUAUUGUCACUUUUUGUUAUGUAGAGUUUAUUAUUAUUGUUAUUAUUAUUGUUGCUAAAAAUAUUCAAAUAAAUAGAAAUAAUGAUACUAACGCAUCGUUUAAAUUUGCAGGCAGAAGUAUUCUCGAGAAAGUAUCUGCGACUUGUAAAUUUGUAAAAAAAGUUAUAAUAUAGAUUAUAUUAUAAUGUUUAAAUCUCGGUUCUCAAUUUGCUUCUAUAAAAUGUAUUUAUUUACUAUCCUACAUCUCAUAUAAUUUAUUUAUAAAUUUUACUGUAAAAAUUUGUCAAGGAAAUAUGAAUUAUUAUGAGUUCAAAAUGUAGAUGUAUGUGUCGUCGUGGUAUUCUCUAGCGCCAUCAUUUUAUUGACUAACAAAGAAAAGAAAGUUAUAUGUAGGUUGGGUUCGGAGAGCACGCUUUUGGCGCUAUAAGCGUGCUCCAUCUUUUUUCGACAUUCACUGAGCAACAAGGAUAGAAUAUGAUACUAUGAAGACUAGAACCAGGAGACCGAUCUCCGUGGUUUUGAGUGAGGCAAAAAUCUCUUAGAAAUGUAAUACCAAAUGGUGGCGCUGACGAUGCUGAUACAUCAUGAUUACACCGGAAUAUUAUUGGUAUAAGAAAACUGAGAUAAGUACUCUAAAAUGUAAAAUUGCUAAGAUUUUUAUUAUAAAUUUGCAUUUAUUGUCAAAUAUUUGAGUUCUUACAAUUAUUCGUCGUUAUACUUCAUAUUUUUCGGUAAAUCAUUGUCACCAGCGCCACCAUUUGGUACUACAUUUCUAACAGAUUUUCGCCUCACUUUUGGAGGCGAAAUCAGGCUUAGUUCGGUCGUUCGGUCUUCUGGUUCUAGUUUUCAUAAAUGAUACUUUUAGCGCUAAUAGCGUCUCCCCAAACCCAGCCGUAAUAUAUUUGUAACGAAUAAUAUUGACGAUCCUUACUUUAACGACUGAAGGAAAUUAUGGGUGCUUUCCAUUUAGUGACACAAGUCGACAAGUAUCGUUCUAUCUUUGUUACUCAUUGAACAUAAAAAAAGAUAGAACGAUGCUUGUGUCGACUUGUGUUACUAAAUGGAAAGCACCCUAUGAUAACAAAUAAAUUAAAAGCAAUUCAAAAGAUGGCGAUAAAUUUAAUCGAUUACAUUUAUCAUUCGUCGAGCAAAACUUGAUCCUGAUGAGUCUGAUAGAUUAAUAGAUGGCGUGGUCGUAUAGACGCUUAUUUGAAAACUUAACGUAUAUUAUAUGCCUGUAUAGAUCGUAUGUAGGAUAUUUCUUAAUAUUUCUGUUACAACUUUCUUGCGAUAAAGGAUAAUUAUGGCUCCGGCGAUCAAAGAUAAGAUGAGGAAUAUAUUUCAUAAAGUGCAGUUUAAUAAAACUGAUCAUCCACAAUACAUUAAGCAGCUAACAAAAUUAUACGAAAGGACAAAUUUAGAUACAUUCUGGGAACAUUUUGUCUGGUGUCUGAAGCUACCUCUUUCAACAUCCCAACAACAUCCAUAUGUUGUUAACACAUUGGAAUUUUGUGCUAAAUUUUGUGUGAGUUUCUAUCCAUCCUUGGAGAGUGAAACCACAGAACCAAUAUCGCCAUUUCUCAGCAAAUUAUUUAUGUUUCUUUUGUCAAGUCACAAUGCUAAGGACAAAGGAGUAAGGUUUCGCAUAUGUUUAUUUCUAAAUAUGCUCUUAAACUCUAUGGGUGACAAUGCUUUCAUUGACGAUACUCUAUGUGACCAAAUUACUGUCAGUAUGAUGAAUCGAUUGAUGGAUAAGUCACCUAAAGUCAGAGCACAGGCUGUUUUUGCCUUAUACAGACUGCAGGAUCCAUCGGAUGAACAAUGCCCUGUAAUAAAAAUGUAUCUCUUUCAUGUAUCUAAAGAUCCAAGUGCUGAAGUUCGUAAAGCGGUUCUUACCACUAUGGGAAAAAAUCAAAAAACUUUACAAGCUGCAUUGCUAAGAACACGAGACAUUGAUGAUUCUGUACGGAAAAAAGCAUAUGAAUUUAUAAGUAAAAUCACAGUGCGUUCCUUGACUAUUGAGCAAAGAGAACGCUUAUUGAAGGAUGGUCUCAAAGACAGGUCUGAGAGUGUUAGGACAUGUGUAAAUAAUGUUUUAUUACCAGCAUGGCUUAGAUAUUUCAAGGGAGAGUAUAUGAAUCUUAUUCAUGCACUGGAUGCUGGAAUAGGGACAGAGUCUGCAACUUCAGCUUUACGAGCAUUAUUCAAACAUGCUGAUUUGAAUACUUUAUUGGACCAAGUGCCAGUAGAUAAAAAUACAAAAUUAAUUCCAUUGAAAAGCUUAACAAACGAAAGUGUUUUAUAUUGGAAGUGUAUAAUACAACAUCUUUAUCGUCUUUCCUGUACGGAAGAAAUAGAAUUAAUGAUUCCAGAGCUAUCAGAAUUUUGCAGAUAUAUAUGCGACUUUAUUACUCUUAUAUCUUCUCAGUCAUAUGAGACAUGGGAAAGAGAAAAUCAAAAGUUUAUUUUACUACAACUUUUUGAAAUAUCUACAACGUAUGAUCUCUCAGAUGAAGUAGGCAGAAAGAAAUUGAAUGAAGUGAUUAUAGAUACUUUAAUGAGUGAUCAUUGGUCUACUAAAAUAAUUGAAUGUCUGGUAAGUCAUUUGGCAAAAGUGAUACCAGAGCCCAGCAAUAUGCUGAAUGCUAUUGCUAAUGUUAUUAGUGAAACUAGGCUACCUUUGAAAGAAAAUGCAGUUACUCAGCAAAUUACUGCAGAGCAGCAGCAUGAGAACAACAUGCAAAAAGCUAGAUUGAAGGUACAAGUGAUAGAACUUGAAGAAGAAUUGUAUCAAACAAUCAAGGAACAGAAUUUUUUACAAGCUGACAGUCUUAAAGAAAAAAUCAAUACCUUAAAAGAGGAGAUAACUCGAUUAUCUAAAAUAUCCGAAACUGUAAUAACUGAUGAUAAUAAUUUACGAGAGGAAAAAAGUGACACUGCGACUAUGAUGAAGUGCCUUAAUAUCUUGUAUGUUGCGAUGCAAUCUGUUCGUAUAUUAACACCUACACUCAGAAGUUUGAUGUGCUUUGUUUUAAAUAGUCUUGACCAUCCUCACGACAGUGUACAUAUAUUAGCGCUAAAAACAUUAGGCGUUUAUUGCAUUUUGGACCAAGAAUUGGCUAAGAAACAUAUAAUGAUAUUUUUUUAUCAAUUUUCUCUUGAGCAAGAGAAUCAAGAAAUAUGGGUUAUCUCUUUAAAAGCAAUAUUUGAUCUUUUACUUAUGUAUGGUUUGGAAUAUUUUGAUAUAUUGCAAUCUCCAGAAGACAAUUCUGUACAAAAUAGAUCUGAGAAAACUCGUUCGCUUUACACACAUGAGACCAGUAACAUUUCUAUAAGUAAACGAACUGAAGUGGAAGAAGGCCCUUGCAAUUUCAUAAAAAUUUUAACAGGAUUGCUAACCAAUGCAAAUCAAGAUUUGCGUACUACUGCAGCAGAAGGGCUUUGUAAAUUAUUGCUUAAUCAACGAAUCAAUAGCAGUAAUCUGAUAUCGCGCUUGAUAAUUAUGUGCUAUAAUCCAGUCAACGCCGAUGACAUUUAUCUUCGACAAUGUUUAAGUGCUUUUUUUGACUGUUUUGUAGCGCGCGUACUUGAUGCACAAGAAAUGCUUGAAAGCGCAUACUUUUCAACGCUACAAGUUCUUUGUAACGCACCAGACAUUAGUCCUCUACGAGAGAUUAAUGCGAAUCAUGUAUCUAGGUUUAUACUCAGUUUAACUCGACAAGGUUGUCAGAAGAGCAGUGGACAAACAUUUUACACACAUAAUAAUCUGGCGUUUGCUAUACUGGCUGAGAUCUUAAGUCCAACAAGUAAGAUAGAUCAAGAAAUUCUUAUUAGGUCUUUGACAAAUUUAUGCAUUCAAAUCGAAGAUGAUCCGUCAAAACAAAAUCUGCAAAAAGCCAUUAAGGACGUUACGAAAAUGGUGAUGAGUUAUGAUAAACGAUUGCUUAAAUAUAUUCAGCAAUUUAAACAAAAAUUAGAAAUGCCCUCUGAAGGAACAGAAAUUGAUAUGGAUGUCGAAAGUGAGAGUGAAGAAUAAAUAACUCAUAAAUAUAUAAACGUUUAACUUUGAUAUAAAUGUUUAUCUACCAAUUAGUAAUAUGCUUAAUAUUUAUUUAUUAUUUUCUAAUUUCUCGAAAAUAUCUACAUUUAAAAAAGAAACAUCGCCGAAUAUUUGUAGAGAACUUACAAUAUAUAUACAGUACAUACAAUAUAUUAUAGUAUACGUAUAUAAAUUUAAAAAUCUCUGUAUCUCAAAUAAAAAUUUAAUGUAAUUAUA